AUGGCUCCGAGAAUGAGAACAUGGGCUGUGAGGGCAAAGGGGAAGGCCGUGCGCCCUGAUCCCAUCGUUCUCUCGGAUGAUGAGGAGGAGGAGCCUACCUAUGCUUCCUCCCAACGGUCCACACAGUUUCCUUCCCCCGACAAAGGGGUUACCCCUCUGAUCCAACCUAUUGCCAUGGCUCCAGUUCGUCAGGGGUCCAUCUCUCCGGACCCCGGGUCUAUUUCUCCUACCAACAUCUCCCACAUCCUCUUCGGCAUCCUCGCCACCUCAGCCCGAACUUGGCCGAGACGACGUCCCUACGCUGAGCUCUGGUGGCGGCGGGGACUCGCCCGUGGCCACGUCUGGCUUGAUCAAGCUCCGUAUCCGCGCCGAUCCUGGCCGAGAACAUGCCCACCGCAUAAAAUCUCCACCGUCAACACCUCCAAGUCCGGCAAGCUCGCCUCUGCAUCCCGAAUAGCAAACAUCGUCGUUGAAUCCUACAAUCUGGGUCUGCCUGCAACUAGAUAUUUGCAGAGAAGCGAAACAGAAGCACUUGUUCCCCUACAGCGCCAGAAUGGUCUAGUUGCAUGCGAUUACAGAUGCAACCCUUUACAAUUAGUUCUUUUUUUAGAGACUCGUGAAUGGGUGUGUGGCCCCCACAUGAGCUGUUCACGCGCUUGUGCCUUGCCAGGCUGUCCAGUGCUCGCUCACACGCUGCUAUCACUGCACCACCUCGGCCACAUCAAGCCCAUAAACCCCCGCUCUACAACCCAACUUGAUGCGGUUCGAUCGUUAGUAGAUGCGUCAAGAUUUGACCAAGCCCGAAUCUUACAGCAAUCAUUUUGCUACCUUCAAGACCCAUCAUUCAACUGGUCUGUUUCAGUGUCAUGGGGCUACACAAUACAGUUGUAUCCAUGGAUUUUGUUCCCAAAGGACUUGGAAGUCCCUUUACAAACCUUCACGACAUGGAGGAGCGUAAGAACCGGACCAUUUACAUUCAGUACUCGGGAAUUUAGGUUGGAUCGACCCUGUAAAAGACUAAUUCUGUUCUUUUUAGACAGGAUUACGUAUCGAAAAGGGAAUUUUGGGAUUAUUAGGACGGUCACAAGGUAUUAUAAGUACGAGCCAGAAGGAAGUAAGGGAUGCGAUCUGCCUAGUUUCACUGCUGCAAUUAAGGUGGAAAAUGUUACAGUCAUUGCAGCCAAGAUGGACUUCAACCAAAGGAUAAAGGUGCUUAAGACGUUAUAUCCAUUGCUUGCUAUUUUUCAUGACAGGCUCCAAGAAGGCAAUGUUGCAAAACUCGUCGAAGAAAGCGAGCAAAGAGCAUUGAGGUUCAGAUUAGAGAUUGCCACCCUUGGGAGAUCUCUUCACCACCUUAGAAAUGAUCACAACAAGGACCCUGCCAUUACAUCUAAACUACAAAACUACAGAGUUAUGGUGAAGUCAUGGUGA